ACUUGACAGACCGAGUAGGUGAAAGUGAAACUAAAUAUUUGAGUUUCAGGGGAAAUCCACCGAUUUAAACACGACUUUCGUCUGCGAUAACUGGGUAGAAGAGCGAAUUAUUCACAGGACAGAAGAAGGACAACAUGAGCGACUUUUCUACCAUUUAUAAACUGUCUGUGGUUGCUGCAGUUUUCUGCUUCGUACAAGUGAGCAGCAGCAGCAGUGUCUGUCCCGUCCUGGAGUGCUGGUUUGUGCAGGACAGAGUGGGUCGAGGAGGAGGUUUAGCUGGAGGUACGACUCAGGAAACGUCUCUGCUGUACGUCAGGAGGGACGCGUUCGGUCCCAGUGCAGAGUCCCAGCAGCAGCAUCCGUCCGAUGUCAACCCCGAUAGAGUUUACUACGUUACAGACCCAGACGGCACUCUCUGCCACCCGUCCCUCAACCCUCGCAGAGGCUCGAUCCAUAAGCCCCUGUGUGAGGUCAACCCCUUCCUGCCGCAGCCGUCGUCCCUCAGAUGGGUUGCCUCGCUCACUGACUCCACCUUCAGCCCUGUAUAUCUGCAAGCUGAUUGGUUUUCAACUGCCAUUCACGGGCUGAACCAGCGGCUGGUGGUUUCCAGCAUCACGCGCGCUCCCACAGCCGCCAAACAGCACGACGUGAUCCUCACUGUGUCUAGUCAAACCGUGUCGCUGAAGUCCAGACUCGGAGAACCACUGGUGCUGGACUGUGGGUUCUGGGUGGACCCGUCUUCUCCUCUGUCCAGGUCGGGUUUCGCCGUCGAGUGGCGCUACCAGUUCCGAGGUGACGGACGAUUGGUUCUGGCUUACGAUGGGAAGACGGACCGGGUGGCGGAUGAACAGGAGGAAGGGGCCACACUAGACUUUGAGAAUUUGUUCAAGAACAGAAACGUGUCCCUGAUCCUGCAGGAAGCCAAAGUGCAGCACUCGGGCACUUACAUCUGUUCGGUGUAUCUGCCGUACGUCAUGGCUCAGGUGGCGAUGCAGCUGGAGGUCAUAAAAUCACCGUCCGUGUCCAUCCACCCGUCCCCGCUGCCGCUUGCCGUUCCCGGCCAGAAGCUAACGGUCCAGUGUGAUGUGUCCGGAUUCGUCCCGCUCUCACUGGAGCUGAGCUGGGAGUUUAAAGGUGCUGACGGGACGUCCAGGGUUCUGGGUUCGGGAAGGCUGACGGGCCACAGGCAGGCCUGGGACGGCACCUACAGUCAGAGCAGUCACCUGGAGCUGGACCCGUCACAGCUGGACCUGGGCAGAGGAGGCCAGCUCAGCUGUGUGGCCGUCCAUCCGGCAGGGACGGGACGGGCCGCCGUGACCCUCAACGUGAUCGGCUUCGGGGUGCCCUCCAUUGAGGACUCCAUGGCGCUGGUUGGGGUAGCGCUGGUUCUCUACGGUCUGAUCAAGUUUGUCUCCUGGACCUUCUCCAGCUCAGAUGAGGCUGAAAAACAAGAGAAGAAAGAGAAGUGAAGAUGAAAAACCUCACUGCAGUGGAAGAGUGAAUUUAAACCCCAGAAAUCAUCGGCCUGUUUGAGCUCAUAUUCUGGAUUCCUCACAAAUCUUUUUUUUUUUAAAUUAUUAUUAUUAUUUUCUGUCGUAAUGCACCAGACCUAGAGUGGGUUUGGGCUGCCCGGGUACCAGGGAGAGGUUUCUUCUAACAUUUCCUGACUACUUCUGCGUAAAAACGAUCCAGUCUUCAUGUCAUGUUGAUCAGAUGAUGCUGUAUUUUAUUGUGAACACUGGAUAAUCCAUUUUCUAUACCUGCUUACUCCAGUUAAGGCUCAUGGGGGGCUGGAGCCUAUCCCAGCAGUCAUAGGGUGUGAGGCGGGGUUCACCCUGGACAGGACACCAGUCUGUC